AUGAGAUCCGAGCUCAUACCCCCCACCAUUCCGGACUACGUAGGGACAGAGGGCCAAAUGGGCCUCUUCAAAGGCUCAACCACGACGCUCGACGGUAUAGGCCUAAGGCCGAUGCCUGCGGAGCGGCCAAAAACGCUCAAAAAACUGAAGUCAGUAUACGACGCUUCCCCAACUGAGCCACCACAGCCCGUCAACACGACCAACCUGAGCAGCAAUGGGCAGUCUCAGGAGCGGAUCAACGGCGCCGAGGAUGAAGUCAGGAGGCGCAGUAAUACCACCAGCUCCACACAGAGCGGGGACAAGUCGCUGUCGAUACUUAGCCCAUUUGAUGAGCAGGAGGAAUGGGCAAAGAUAUCGGAGAUAAUGGCCUCCUUCGGCAGCAAGCUGGUCCGAGAGUCCGUCUUCGUGUCAGAACUAGAGCAGGAGUUCACUUCCCGGCUGGGCUUGAGCUGCUCGGAGUCCAGCCUCAGCCCGUCGGUAGCAUCGAACUUGGGACAUUGGUUGGCAGGCUUAGGGCUACACGAUUACGAGUCAUUGUUCCUGGAAAGCGGUUACGAUGACAUUGAUUUUGUUAACGGAAUCUUAGACGAGAACGAUCUCCGGGAAAUGGGCAUUGAAGAAUCUGAUAGGCAGAAAAUACUAGAAUCAUCGAAGCAGUUACCUCUUAAAAUUACACGAAUCAGUAAUAACCACAAUAAUAAUAAUAUAAGUAAAAACCAAAACGAAACUGUAGACGAAUGGCUAAGGAAUAUUAAUCUAGAACAAUAUAGUGAUACGUUUAGAAAACAUUUGUAUGUAGAUAUGGAUAGAGUGAAGAGAAUUUGGGAAGUGGAAUUGACUGCUGUACUGGAGAUACAAAAAGCUGGACAUAGGAAAAGGAUUUUAGCAUCAGUCUCCGGUGAACAUAACGGACCGGCGGCGAACAAAACGGAAGAUAUCAAUGCUGAUCUUAAUACACUGAAAAACAAUAUUCAGCAGCUGAAAGAGGAAAUCAAAGAGAAGUUACCGUCGGAAAACCUGAAGCCAGUGCCACCGCCAGUGGUGCCGUCGCUAGCGCCACCUGGCGGAGAGACAUUGAAGCGCAGUAAAAAGAACAGGCCCGCACCGCAGCCGCCUCGACCCUCGGACCUGGAGAUCAGGGCGCCGUCAGAACUGCUGGUCGGUGUGCCGGGUGCUCUAAAGACGCAAUGGAAACACCAACCGUUCGUCCUAGUCACCGGUGCUGUUACCUACGUAGCUAAUUAUCUAGGAUCAACGGUGGUGAAGGAGCUUCGUGGUACAGAGUCAACCAAGAAAUCUAUACAGAAACUAAAGAAAACCAAAGAACCGAGGGAUUCCCCCGACAUUAUACUGUCGAUCAGCUACCGAGGUGUCAAGUUCCUAAAUACUAUAACUCGGGAGUUGGUCUGCGAACAUGAAAUUCGUAAUAUCCACUGCGCUUGCCAAGACGCCGACGACCUGACACAUUUCGCGUACAUCACCAAAGAUCACGCCACCAAAAGCCACUACUGUCACGUCUUCAGAGUUGCCACCAUGGAUCAAGCGACUGAAGUGAUAUUAACGCUAGGCGAAGCUUUCGAAGUGGCAUAUCAAAUGGCACUCAGAGAACAAUCCAACAGAACGAGAGUUACCCAAUCUAUGGCUAAGACCCCGACACACGAUCCGAUGACCACAUGCAAUAAAGAAAAACCUAACAUCAAUCAUGGCCGUUCACAUUCCAUAACUGAAAUAAAAUUAAAUGGCCACCAAUUGAAGAUAGCAGCUAUACCUGCAUCUUUGUCUAACGAAGACUUCCAAGCGUCGAAUAGAAACUCGGAUGGCUCCAAAAGUCCUAGGACACCCUUAUUGAAGGCUCCCAUCGCGUCAACAGAGGAAUUGUGA